CAAGCCUUGAAUGACGGAUACUUUGUUUUGUUAUAUUGAAAUAGCGGUCUAUUGGUCUGUUGCCCAUUUCAACACUGAAUGGGUUACUGCAAAUCGUCGUUUGGUUAUAAACAUCUUCAGAUAGCUCUAAUAAUUUCAAAUCUAAUUAUCCUUGGAUGUGCACUCUGUAUAAUUGCUGUUGAUGGCAUUUUCUAUUAUGCAGUUCGCGUGCAUAGUGAUAAUCUUCAUGGGACUGUUAAAGGAAUAAUAACCUGUGUAGCCAUAGUUGGGUGCUUUAUGAUUUUAGUUGGAUUUUUGGGUUUAUUUGGUUCAUGUUUGCACAGCGCUGAUAUUCUUUCACUGGUAUAAUCGAUUAUGAAGUAUUCAAAUCAUUAUCCGACCUUUAUAUUUUAGUAUGCGGUUGGACUUUUAUGCAUAAUUCUUUUGCAUUUGGGUACUGGAAUAGCUUGUUUGUGUUAUCAGCUGGAAAUGUGGAACAGUCUUCACCUAGUCAUAAGUAAUGCUGUCAAGAAUUAUCACAGUGACAAAAACACAAGUGUUCUGCUGGACAAAAUUCACAGAGAUCUUCAAUGUUGUGGAGCACGGACCUAUAUUGAAUAUGGUGACAAACUGCCUUUAUCAUGCAAGGAAGAUGGUCGUGUAUAUAUCAAGGGUUGUACUGAUGCGUUGACGGAUUUUGGCGGCAAAUUCUUAAUUACUGUGAUCAUUCUUGUUUUUUCAUUUAUUAGUGUAGAAAUUGUCUGUAUUGGACUGGCCAUCUCUUUAGCUGCAUACUUUAAUUCAAUGGAUAUAAGAUGAAAUAUAUAUAUUCAUUUCAGAGAGUAAUUAUAUAUAAUCGGUCAAUGUAUCUAUCUAUCUAUCUAUCUAUAUAACAGAGAAAUUAAAUUUUCUUUUUUUAUAACAAUAUGCUUAUUAUUAUUAUUUUGUAUUUUUCAAGUGUCACAUGGAAUGUAUUCUCAUUUAAAAGUAAAUAAAUAUGUUUGUAAAUAAAAAUUAAUGUCUA